GAAAGAUGGCGGCUGAUGGAGAAAGAACUCCAACAAAUUUACUCAUUUUUCUCCUUCAAACUGUUGUAUUCUUUACUUUUAUCACUACUUACGGAGAGAUAUAUGUGUUAGGUAAUUCUGUUCCUUGUAGUAAGUUGAGUGCUUCGUGUUUGGAGUGUAAAAUGAGUAAUUCUUGCGUUUAUGGUCAAGAUACUCAAGUAGAAUGUAUUGUUCUAGAUCACUGUCAGUGUCAGGGUGAUAGGUCGUUUACCAAGACAUAUAACUGCAGAUAUUGUUAUCUGACACCUAAAGAAAGCUACAAGUGCACCCAGAAGACCCACUGUAAGGUGAUAUCAGGGAAUAGUCCACCUCCUCAUUAUUUGACCAACUGCACUGUUAAUGAAGAUGUCCUAUGCUUAGGUAAUCGUACAUUUAGCAAAUACCUACCUUGCACCUGGACAUCAGGAUAUCGCUGGUCAACAACCUUUCUCUUAAGUCUAACCCUCGGAGGUUUUGGUGUGGAUCGGUUUUACCUGGGUCACUGGAAAGAAGGACUUGGAAAGCUCUUCAGUUUUGGUGGUCUUGGAGUAUGGACAUUAGUGGACUUGGUCUUAGUUGCUAUUGGUUAUGUUGGACCAGCUGAUGGUUCUCUCUAUAUCUUUUGAUUGUGAUAUAUUGAUAAUGCUAAACAAAUAUUAUGGUUCUUACUAGCACAUUAAUGUAAUGCUGUUUAUAAUGUAAUGGUUAUAAUUAUAUUUUAAUAUCAUGCUUGUAUUUCAUACAUUUUUCUAAUAACAUAAUGUCAUAAAAUUAUUGUAAAUAAAUUACCUGUAAAUACGUACAUUAUGCUGUAAAUAAGUCAAUAAUAAUAAAAUAAUAAGGUUCUACCAUA